GAUUGGACAAAGUGUCACGUGUGUAAAUCGUCAUACCCGGAAGAAUGACAAUGGUUAUCGGUGCUGACAUUUCUGGUAUCUUACUGCAAAGAGGACACAAACGUUGGCGGGACCAAAAUGGCAUCCUACUUUGAUGAGCACAACUGUGAGCCCACCAACCCCGAGGAACAGUAUCGCCAGAAUGCACUGCUGGAAUUGGCCAGGUCUUUAAUGCAGGGCUUGGACUUAUUUGACUCGGGGGCGUACGACCUGUCAGACUGGGACCACCGUCUUCCUCCUCCAGCUGCCAAAACGGCUGUUCAGACCCUCACCGUGGUCGUCAUUUCUCCAGAGCAAGCAGACAAAGGUCUCAAGUGUCCCGUGUGUUUGCUGGAGUUCGAGGAACAAGAGACGGUUCGAGAAAUGCCUUGCAAACACCUUUUCCACGCAGGAUGUAUACUGCCCUGGUUGGGCAAGACUAACUCCUGUCCGCUCUGCCGCCUUGAAUUACCAACUGACAAUCCGGAGUAUGAGGAGUUUAAAAAAGACAAGGAGAGAAGAAGACAGAGGGAGCACAGGCUGGAAGACCUACACGGAGCCAUGUACACAUGACGUGACAGUGCUGCGGUGCAAAGUUUGUGGAACAGUGACAUUUUACAGAAAAAAAAAAGCUUCAGGAAAUGCAUAAUGAUGCAUUCAUGCCAUUUCGUAUAGAAUGCAAUUUCAAGCACAACAUUUUUCUUUUACAAGAAAUUGUCCAUUGCUGGCAGCUCCAUCUAAAAUACGAAUAUGUAACACAACAAAAAAAAAUAACCGGAAUCCGGUGUGACCACAAAGCUAGCGCUUGUGGUAACCAUUUGUGGAGUAAUAUGUGACCGCUACUAUUAAGAGUAACAGGGUUUUCCUAUUCUUUCCGGCAUGGCGUGAAUGCAGCAUAAGCAACGGGAUCAUUAAAAAUGCUUAUCUUUAAGUUGGAUAAAUGCUCUUUUCUCACUAGUUAGGAUGAAUAUAUUUAAAGAUGAAUUAUGCUGUUUACAGCAGCCCUAAAGCAUUUCUGUUAAGUCCAUUUAUUCCUUCUUUUUAAUAUAAAUCUGAGCUUUAAACGCACAAAAAACAUCUGUUCAGCUAUGUUUGUCUAAUAUGAAUUAUUCAAAGAUGUGAAUAUUUAAGUGACUCCUUUUGUUUUUCUAGAAAAAUGUUUAAAUCUGAGAAGAAAGUGUGCAGUAUAAAUGGUACACAUUUACAUAAAUUCUAGUCACUCAUUAAAAAAAAAAUAAAGCAGCAGAAGCCGAGAUGUCCAAGGUUCUGAAACCUACACUUUUCAUUUUAUGUUAGACCAUCCGUGCCUGGUAAAUACCCACAUCUUUCAAACUCCAUGCCCCCCCGGUGUUACACGGGCUCUAUUUACGUUUUUAAGUCUCUAAUCUGAGGGACAAACUGGACAGAGCUUUUUCUAGAGCCAAAAAUGUACAACUUGUUUCCCUGGCUGAGUAGUUCUCAUGCUGAGGAAACCAACCUUUGUGUAAUAAUGGUUGGAGUUCCCCUUUAAUUUGUCUCAUGUCGUUUUGACGUUUGAGAAAGCAUCUCGUCUUCUUGCCUAGACAGCGGAACAAUUAGUAACAUCACCAGGAUGGGCUGGAUCGGAUUCUUCUACAGCACAUGUUGGUUUAUACACCUUCCAUACCACAGCAAUAAUCUGGGAAAACCCCAUGUCUGCUGUUGGUGCACAUGUGCUAACCCACAAUAUUGGACCUGCUGACCUUACACUGCUCUGCUUGGGGGGGGUGGAGGGUGGGCAUUCUAACCAGCAGUAUGGAUGGAUGUAUGCAAGUUCACCAAACAAUUCUUUGUUGUCUGCUUUGCCAAACUUUUCCAUUUCUGCUUGCCUAUAUCUAUCUAUCUAUCUAUCUAUCUAUCUAUCUAUCUAUCUAUCUAUCUAUCUAACCCCCAAAGACUAUUAACCAUAAUUUAGGAUUACUAUGGUUAAUAGUAUUCCACACUGUAUAACAAGUACUGUAUGCUCUUAACAGGAAUUUACUGAUAAUUUGGUUGUGUAUAAGUUCAUAAGAUUUCAGUUUAAAAAAAAAACAACCCAUGCAAAACAAUAAUUUAUCAUUUUUAUUUCAUAUUUGAAUAUAAAUCUCUGUCAAAUGAAAAUACCUAAAUGAUAGACAAAUCAUACAUAUUUAUAGAAUUUAUAAAAAGGAAACAAUAA